UUCUCCCGUUAACCCAUCCGAGUAUUCCCUCCUUCACUUCUGGAGCCCGAGCCCUGUCGUGGCAUGAUCAUGAUCUGAGUCGUCGCCCCUGGAGCCCGAGCUGACGGUGACCGCACCGGUGAUCGGGGUUAAUGGCGGGUGGUGCUAGAUGCAGCUCCCUGCUGCGCGGGUUCCUCUCCCUCUUCUUCCUCAUGUUCCUCCACGUUGGCCAAUCCGGAUGCUGCUUCUCCCCUGGCUCUGCCUCCCAGCAGUACGAGGAAGACGAUGGCGUCGUCGUCGGCAGCAGCAAGAGGAGGAAGAUAUCGCCGCUCGCCUUCUCCCCGGCCGUGUCGUCCUCCACCGUUGCUGAAGAGAGGGCCAGGGCCAGGCGCAGUAGGCACGUGUCGUCUCUCGCCACCAGCCUCCGCUGCUACAUCCACCGCAUCUUCUCCUCCUCCUCAGGAGCCAAGAAUGCUGUUCCAGAGGAAGACGAGGCCGUCACGACCACCGUGUCAUCGUCGCCGCUUGCGCACUCAUCUGUGACGCAGCGUCAGGCUUCGUCCGUGCUGCUGUCUGCGCCGUCGUCUCCGUGCGCGUCGCCGUUCCUGUCCCCGAUGUCGCCGCAGUCCCUCGGCGUCACGCCCGUGCCGUGCUCGCCGCAGGCGGCCACCAGGCGGCUGUCCAGGUCGUUCGCCGCUCGGGGCGACCUGUUCCCGUGCAAGACGUGCGGCGAGGUGCUGGGCAAGCCGCAGCAGCUGGAGCUCCACCAGGCGAUGAAGCACUCCCUCUCGGAGCUCUCCCACGUCGACUCCAGCACCAACAUCAUCCGCAUGAUCUUCCUCGCCGGCUGGCGGCAGCAGCAGUUCUCCGGCGCUGAUGUCGAUGGCGAGCCACCAGUCGUCAGGCGCAUCCUAAGGAUCCACCACAACCCCCGCGCGCUCGCCCGCUUCGAGGAGUACCGUGACCUCGUCCGGGCCCGCGCCGCACGCCGCGCAACGGCUGGUGGGGUGGAGGAGGAGCGGUGCGUCGCGGACGGCAACGAGCGGCUGCGGUUCCACUGCGCGACCACGCUCUGCUCCCUGGGCGGCGGCGGCGUGUGCGGGAGCCCAUACUGCUGCGCCUGCACCAUCCUUCGCCACGGGUUCGCCGGGAAGCAGGCGGACGUGGACGGCAUCGCGACAUACUCCUCCGCGCGGGCCGCGCACGCCUCGCUGCCCGAGGACGUGGAGCGCGAGUUCGCGUUCCUGCAGGUGCGCCGCGCCAUGCUCGUGUGCCGCGUCGUGGCAGGACGCGUCGUCCGUGGCGGCGGCGCCGCGGGAGACGGCGACAAGGUGGGAUACGACUCCAUGGUGCCCGUGUCGCCGGCCGCCGGGGGGCGGCGGGGAGAGGACGACGCCGAGCUGCUGGUGUUCAACCCCCGGGCCGUGCUCCCGUGCUUCGUCAUCAUGUACAGCAGCUAGCCGUAGGUGGCGCCGGCAUGGCACGUGCAUGGUAGUGUAUAGACGUUUCCCCGUUUUGCUUGUUCCAUGCCUCUCCUUCGUUAGGUAGGUGUCUGUGGUCACUCGCCGUCACCACUCAGUCGGUUACUAGAUCACGGCGGCGAUCUCAGCUUUUGGCCGGAUUGAGCAAUCAGCAGUCAGCACUCGGUGGCAGUGUGGCGUCGCUGGAUUGGAUCGAGUGCUUGGGCAGUGAUGCUGCUAAGCCAUAUGCCAUAGCUACAAAGGUUGUGAAAUGUGGUUGGCAUGGUUUUGUAGCUGUUACAGUUGCUCAUGUCUCAAGUGUCAGCUGAACUGAAUGGUGCAUGUUCUUCUUUA